GCCGGAGGAGCUCGAGGAGAGGAGGAGAAAGGGGGAGACUGUUGUUGAGUGCCAGGGUUGUGGGACUGAGUUCAAGGAGGACAUCGAGCUUCUAAAAGAGAGGAUUGGUGUUAUGGAUAGGGACCUGGAGGACUUGCGAUCGCUCAAGGAGCUGGAAAAAAACAUCUGGAAGGAUAAUUAUGAGAGGUUGCUGAAAAGGAAUGUGAAACUAGAAAUUGAAAUGGAGAAGAUGAAUAGCUCUUUGCAGGGACUGAAGGAGAAUUAUGAAAGGCUGCUGAAGAGGAAUACAAAACUUGAAACAUAUAUGGCAGGAAUGAAUAGUUCCUUUCAGGGGCUGAAGGACGAGAUGCUGCUGUUAAAAGAAGAAAAAAGUAGGGAGGCAGAGGAGGAGAUAGCUAUGAAUGUUGGAAUAACUGAAGAUGCUAAGGUGCGGCGACCAUAUCUUCAACUACCUUGUCGCAGUCGAGUCCUUGUAAAUUGUCCAAAUGGAUCACAGAAGAGUCUUGGCCAUUUAUCUCAGUUGCCAUCUCCAAUCGAAUCUGAUCAGCAGCCCUGCGUGACAAAUCCUCAAUGCACAAGGCAGAGAGUGAUGUGAUCAUUGCUUUCCUAUCGUUCUGUUGGACUCCUUUGCAGAUAGUAAUUUGCUGAAGUAUACAGAGGCAUUGUAGACGCAUUCUAACACCUAAUAUAACUUUCAUACUGUUGGGUUGAUUUCCAAAAACAUUAACUGGUGGAAGCAGAGAGCUUUGACGGGCAAAUCUAACUGUGAGGCAUAAAUCCUGUGAAUAUUCUAGCAAUACAAGUAGAUCUUCUGUAUAUCUCAAGUCUAGCUGACUAAAACAUACUUUUCGAGGAGCAAUUGCAACGGUGGAUAUCUUGAUAUCUCAUCAUAUUGACAAAACGCUGGAGGACAUAAUCUAAAUCAGAUUAUGUCCAUUCUAGCUGGAGAAUUUUUACUAUGCUUCUCACCUUUCUUCGCUCCAUGCUAGAGCAUGAGAAGCUAGUUUUUACUGUUUCAUGUCUCCUGUGUUAAUCAAUGUUGUAAGUUAUAAUUUACAUCUGUGUUUCCAUGUCUAUGUUCCUUAGGAUGGCGUUUCUCAGUAUCAAAAACCAUCAAUGUCAGUUUCAGGCUACCUUUUGUAUUAUUCCCUUGUAACUAUGCAGGCUAAUCAUGGGCCACAUCUCGGAUUGUGCGAUCUUUUACAUCUGAUUGUAAGGUUGAUGUAUUUAUCUUUGAGUUCUUCAGUAUUAAUUAGAUUGUAGAUUUUACA